AUGGUUUACAAAGAUCAUCUGGACCGACGCAUAGGUGGAAAUUGUUCGGGUGAUUACGAUUAUGAUAAACACGUUGAUAACAAAAUCGAAGAGUUGCGCAGCGAGUACGAGGCCUUGUGCAAUGAGUUAGAGAUGGAUGAAAAGGAUGCUGCACGAGUGUUCCAGCGACGUAUUCGUUUGCUGCACGAAUUUAACGAUCUCAAGGACACUGCCACCAUGCUGAUUGGAAUCUAUGCGCAAAAGACUGGCAAGACACUACAUCAAGUGUAUGAAGAUUUCAAUGUGGACAGCCCUACAACAGAAUAA